GGGGGAGACAGAGCGCGACGAGCGACGGCGACGAUGUGAAAAGUAGAUUUAAAAAAUGGAUUGUUGGAUGUUUGGAUUACGGUAAGAUGACGGACCAUGCACUCUCCGAUCAAUUCAACGUCUGUGACUCCUCUCUAGAAUUCAAUCGGCCUUCCAGAUGACAGUAUUUAUUUCUUUCUCCUUUUUUUUUUCUCGAGAGAGAAUUUAUUUAAGGAUUUGAUCCGCAAUAUACUUGCCGAGUCAACGCGCGUCCCCCAUUUUUUUCUGGGAAUCUGGGGUCUGGUUCUGCCUGACUUGGGAGGCAAGUCAAAGCUGGGACUAGGUGCGAAGUUUGAAGGUUCAACGCGAUGUUGCCGCCCCCCAACCGCGACCGACGGCGAAGGUUUCAAAGUAGAUGGUUUGAAAUCCGCCCAGACUUGUCCGUUAUAGAGACCGGCGAGCUCUGAUCAUGCUUGGAUUUCUCGGGUGGGUUCGGGGAUAAAGGAGCCGUCUUUCUCUUGCUCUCGGAGGGAACCGUGAUUCUUCUUUUUUUUCUUUUACUCCCUUUUUUGGUGUCUUUCGAAUUGAGAUUCUUCUCGCUUCCUAGAGCUUGUUUUGUUCGAGAAAAAAGAGACGAAGAUAUAUUCGUUUUCUGGUAAGGGGCAGUCUCGGAGAAGAAUUUUUCUUUCAGACUUCAGAGGGAGUUUCCGGAGCUAAAAAAGGUUCAAUCUGUGUGAUUUCUCUAUACAUUUUGUUCAACAAUCCGUGGCGCAACCAUCGUGUGCAAGAAAUGGCUCGAGGAAGGAGAAGAAAGCUUCUUUUGAGUAGAUUGCACGCCUUUGCAUGUGGUGCAUCAUCGUUUCAAGUCGACGUUUCACAAGUCGGAGGACCGGGCUUCUCCCGUGUGGCCUUUGCAAAUGAGUCGAAUUCCGUGGAGGCUGCCAAUCUUAACUACGGAGCCAACUAUGUUUCCACCACCAAGUACACAGUGGCUUCAUUCGUCCCCAAGGCUCUGUUUGAACAGUUCAGAAGAGUUGCGAACAUAUACUUUCUACUUACUGGAUGCCUUUCUUUUACUCCCCUGGCUCCAUACUCUGCAGGGAGUGCGAUUCUCCCUUUAAUUGUGGUGAUUGGAGCAACCAUGGCAAAGGAGGCUAUUGAAGACUGGCGGAGGUAUCAGCAGGAUAUUGAGGUGAAUAAUAGAAAAGUUAAAUUACAUCAAGGUGACGGCGCAUUCAGAUCUACAGAAUGGAGGAAUCUUAGAGUUGGUGAUAUUGUCAAGGUGGAGAAAGAUAGCUUCUUUCCUGCUGACCUUGUUAUGCUUUCUUCAAGUUAUGACGACGGCCUUUGUUACGUUGAGACCAUGAAUCUAGAUGGGGAAACAAACUUGAAAUUAAAGCAAUCACUUGAGGUUACCUCAGGUUUAAAUUCAGAUUCCAGUUACCAGAAUUUCAAUGCAAUCAUCAAGUGUGAAGAUCCUAAUGCCAACCUCUACACUUAUGUUGGGACAAUAGAAUAUGGAGAUCAACAGUACUCUCUUUCACCUCAGCAACUUCUUCUAAGGGACUCAAAGUUGCGAAACACUGACUACAUUUAUGGAGUUGUUGUUUUCACUGGCCAUGACACAAAGGUCAUGCAGAAUGCCACAAAUCCACCAUCAAAAAGGAGCAAAAUUGAGAGAUUAAUGGGCAGGCUAAUUUAUUUUCUCAUGGCUUCCUUAGUCUUGAUCUCGGUUAUUGGUUCAGUUGUGUUUGGAGUAAUAACUCAUGAUGAUCUACAAGAUGGGAAAAUGAAGAGAUGGUAUCUUAGACCUGAUGACUCCACAAUCUAUUUUGAUCCAAGAAGAGCAGCUGUUUCAGCAAUAUUGCACUUUUUGACUGCCAUGAUAUUAUAUACUUAUUUUGUCCCAAUUUCUUUAUAUGUGUCUAUAGAAAUAGUCAAGGUUUUGCAGACUAUAUUCAUCAACCAAGACAUCCAAAUGUAUCAUGAAGAAUCAGAUAAACCUGCCUAUGCACGAACUUCAAAUUUAAAUGAGGAGCUAGGUCAAGUUGACACUAUCCUCUCUGAUAAAACUGGAACUCUGACUUGCAAUUCAAUGGAGUUCAUUAAAUGCUCAAUAGCUGGCAUUGCUUACGGUCAUGGAUUUACUGAGGUUGAGAGAGCAAUGGCUAGAAGGAAGGGAUUCCCUUUGAUAGAAGACGAAGAAUCAAAAGAAAAUCAUGAUAAUGCAAAACCAGCAAUUAAAGGAUUUAAUUUUGACGAUGCACGUCUUAUGAAUGGACAAUGGGUUAAAGAACCUCAUGCUGAUGUCAUCAGGAUGUUCUUGAGACUGCUGGCUAUCUGCCAUACUGCCAUACCUGAAGUAGAUGAUGCAACAGGAAAAAUAUCAUAUGAAGCUGAAUCACCUGAUGAGGCUGCUUUUGUUAUUGCUGCAAGAGAACUUGGCUUUGAGUUUUAUCAGAGGACACAGACGAGCAUCUCUAUACGCGAACUAGAUCCAUCUUCAGGCAAACAUGUGGAAAGGUCAUAUACGCUGUUGAAUGUCAUAGAGUUUAAUAGCACUAGAAAACGGAUGUCUGUGAUAGUUCAAGAUGAUGAAGGAAAGUUGUUGCUCCUCAGCAAAGGGGCUGAUAGUGUAAUGUUUGAAAGGCUUGCUAACAAUGGAAGGAAAUUUGAAGAUAAAACUAAAGAGCAGAUGCAUGAAUAUGCUGAUGCUGGUUUAAGAACCUUAGUUCUUGGAUACUGUGAGAUUGGUGAAGCUGAAUACAAAAAUUUCAAUGAAGCAUUCACGGAAGCUAAGAAUUCAGUGAGUGUUGAUAGAGAGGAAAAGAUGGAGGCAGCUGCGGAUUCUAUAGAGAGGAAUCUGAUUCUUCUUGGUGCUACGGCUGUUGAAGACAAGCUGCAAAGUGGGGUGCCUGAAUGCAUUGAUAAACUUGCACAAGCUGGGAUAAAACUCUGGGUAUUGACUGGUGACAAGAUGGAAACAGCCGUUAAUAUAGGCUUUGCUUGUAGUCUUCUGAGGCAGGGAAUGAAGAAAAUAGUAAUCACUUUAGAAGGACAAGAUAUAAUUCAGCUGGAGAAAGAAGGGGACAAAAGGGCCAUUGCCAAGGCAUCCAAGGAAAAUGUUAUUUAUCAAAUUAAUCAAGGAAGGCAACUUGUUUGUUCAUCAACUUCAGAAUCAUUUGCCUUGAUCAUCGAUGGAAAAUCUCUUGCAUAUGCAUUGGAAGAUGAUGUUAAGAACUUGUUCUUACAAUUGGCUGUUGGGUGUGCAUCAGUCAUAUGCUGUCGUUCCUCCCCUAAACAAAAAGCUCUUGUCACAAGGCUUGUUAAAGAGGGCACUGGUAAAGUGACCUUAGCAAUUGGUGAUGGGGCAAAUGAUGUGGGAAUGCUUCAAGAAGCAGAUAUAGGAAUUGGUAUCAGUGGCGCAGAGGGCAUGCAGGCUGUCAUGGCAAGUGAUGUUGCAAUAUCCCAGUUUCGUUUUUUGGAACGUCUAUUACUUGUGCAUGGGCAUUGGUGCUACCGUAGGAUAUCAACAAUGAUAUGUUACUUCUUCUACAAGAACUUAACAUUUGGAACCACUAUCUUCUUGUAUGAGGCAUAUACAACAUUCUCUGGACAAGCAGCGUAUAAUGAUUGGUAUAUGUCAUUGUACAAUGUAUUCUUCACUUCUCUUCCUGUGAUUGCAUUGGGAGUCUUUGAUCAGGAUGUUUCUGCCCGGCUAUGCCUGAAGUUUCCAUUGCUCUACCAAGAAGGCGUUCAGAAUAUGCUUUUCAGCUGGCGUCGAAUACUUGGUUGGAUGCUCACUGGAGUUUGCAAUGGUAUCUUAGUAUUCUUCUUCUGCAUAACGGCGCUACAGCACCAAGCCUUCCGCAAAGGUGGUCAGGUCGUAAGCUACGAUGUUCUUGGGGGCACAAUGUACACAUGUGUGGUAUGGAUUGUGAAUUGUCAUAUGGCACUGUCCAUCAGGUACUUCACUGCGAUACAACACAUUGUUAUCUGGGGUAGCAUUGCAGUAUGGUACCUAUUCCUUCUCGUCUAUGGUGCCAUCCCACCCGCAUACUCUACGAAUGCUUACCGGGUCUUUGUUGAGGUAUUGGCUCCAGCUCCAUCGUAUUGGAUCACAACACUCUUUGUCACCAUUGCCACUCUCAUACCUUACUUCACCUACUCGGCUAUUCAAAUGCGAUUUUUCCCAAUGUACCAUAACAUGAUUCAGUGGAUUCGACAUGACGGUCAGGCAGAAGACCUCGAGUACUGCCAUAUUGUGCGCCAAAGGUCAGUGAGACCCACAACUGUUGGAGUGUCAGCUAGGGUCGAUGCGAAGAUCAAUCAGACUGUUGGAGUGUCACCUAGGGUCGAUGCGAAGAUCAAUCAGUCGUCGUCGUCGAGGAGAAUCCACCAUGUUGUUAACUCACCGUGAUUUGUGGUCUCUUGUCUGAGUUGGAUGCUCAUUGAACAGUCGUAUUCUCAAUUCAUUGCAUUUAUAUGUGAAUGAUUCCAAGUUGGAGCUCCAGAAUUCACUCUCCGGAAAUGUGUAUAUAAGCUUGAGGGACUGAAGAGAUUCCUGCAAAGAUAAAUUGAUGUUCUUACAGGAUUUAGGUCGAAGGCAUAACAUUUUGUGACUUAGUUCUAUGAGUGAGUUAAGAGGUGCAAAUCUUGAUUCUUUGCCCUUAUGGGCCAUUUUGAUUUAAUGUAUAGACAUUGUAAUCAGUUUCUUAUAAUCAAUUCAAUACAUUCAUCGGA